AUAUGGAAAUAUUUGACAAAAGACGCCAAAAAAGUAUACAAAAUGUCUAAGGAUAGAAAAAGUCGAACUAGUGCAUUGCCAAAUAAUGAUUUGAGUUCUCAGGAAGGUGAAUUGACUGAAAGAAUAAAAUUUGAAGAUGAAAUAAAAAAACCUCAAGAUAUUCAUGCUAUUGAAAUCAUUCUAGAUGUUAUAGAAAAUGUGAAAGCAUUUCACCAAGUAUGUUUUAUUCAUGUAAAAAGUGAAUAUAAUGGAAAGAUUAUCGACAUCUCAGAAAAGACACUCAUAAUUGAUGAAAAAGUCAAGUUAAAUUGGAGUUUUUACAUAGAUGUCGACGUUUUGAAAGAAAAAGAUUUAGAUGAUCUUGUAUCGAAGCCAGUCAUAUUUACAAUAUAUCAAACACCUGGAGAAUUCGAUAAUGAAUUUUUCAACCAGAUGCAACUUUUUGAGGAUAUGACUCAAGGUUCCAAAUCGUCUUUUGAUAGUGCAAUAAGUGUUUAUGAAGCAUUUACUGGAGAGAUUGUCGAAGAUAAGGAAUUAAUAAAGCAAACUAGACAGUCGAAUAAAAAUAAAGUUUUAUCAGAGGAAUCAAGCGUUGAAAAAAUUGCUUCAAAGGACGAUCUUACUAUUACUUCUCUGAAAGACAAAAAUAAAAACAAAAAGCCCGAUAAGUCAUCUAUGAAAGGGAAAAAGAAUGAAGAUUUAUCGUCUCCCUCUAAAACCUCACAGAGAUCAGAUGAAAAUUCUAUUGUGGUUGGUAUGGGCACUAUGGACAUGCUGCCUCUUAUCUUAGGUAACCAGAAAUUCAAUGCAUCUGUAGAUCUCAAGCCACUGGUUUCUUACGAUGACGAUCGGAUGGUAACAUUCAGAAAUAUACCGAAAAUGUGCGUCACUGUGCUCAUUGACAAACCAAUUGAAUUCGCCAAGGAUCCAACUAUUUUAAGUUUCACUGUGGAAAGCAUUUUCAAUGUACCACAAGUCAUGUCUUCAUCCGAUUUGGAAUGCAGAAUUUGCGCUUGGAUACCAUUCACUGAUAAUUUCGACAGAAAACAGAUCCUUGGCAAUUCAGUUUCUUUAUCAGAAAACGUUGAGUACCAAAUGAAAGCUUGGCCGAAUAUUCCAGCCAUUGGAGACAAUGUAAACACAACUAAAUAUAGAAUUCGUAAAGAAUUCGACAAUGUUAGAUAUAGCUCAAAUAAGAGUAUUACUUCAGUCAUCAAAACACAAGAACCCAAACUGGUAUACAAUUAUAUUAGAAGAAAUAUAAUGACAGAAUUAAACAAGACUGUGCUACACAAUUAUCUCCUGAGGUACAGAUCUAUUUUGUUGGAGAUUUUGUUAACUGAGAGGGAUGUGCUUCCUGUGUUAGAUGCAACUGCAGAUGAAAAUAUAAAGAGGUCUACUACUGGCAGUGGCAGGUUAGAUAUGAAGAAGAAGGGAAAAAACUCGGUUUUUCUUCACCUCAUGGCACUAGUAGACAUCUCAUCUCUGGUAUAUCCUGGCGUAACCAACACCAGAGUUGCCUGUCAAUUAUCAACUUAUCAUGAGAAGGAAGUACUAAAGGCAACUGGUAUACAAGACUCUUUCUUUAUACCUAAACCCAAAUCAAGCGAAAAUUUACGGCAAACCAGCGACAAGUCUAUAAAGAAGUUGGAAGCUGAAAAAGAAAAACCACCAAAGAAAAAAGGCGAUGUGUCGAACACAUCUAUUUCUACGAAAAAAGGUGGAAAUAAAACUGAUCGCACAGGAGAUGAUAAUGCGAGAAAUAUUCUUCCAUCACCUCCUCCGCCUGAAGAGGAAGAAGAACCAAGUAUGAAAGUUUUCAACGAGAACGGAGAUCCAACAAUUAUAAUUAUAGAAAUAGAAAUAGCCGAACCGUUGGUAAAAUCUAGACCUGCUGAAGACUUGAUCACAAAUUUGAAAGAACUGGUCCCUGUUAAACCUAAUCUCCCGAAAAUUGCACUCAGCAUCAAGGUUGUGGAAGAAAAUUUCAAACACGUUAUUCAGGAUAUGAGCAUGGACUUGAAUGAACAUUUCAACAAAUACACCCAGGAUAAGAAACAUUGUCAUUGUUCUACCCAGGCAGAUUUCCUGACUUAUCUACGUCGCAUUGGCGCAUAUCAAAAAUACAUAAUCACAUUGAGAAAAGCAAUAUCCGUAUUAAUCAGCAAGAAAUACGACGUCUUGGACUUCGACUUCCGCAGAAACAACAAGAAAGAUCAGGACCUCAUAGGGAAGUUCUUCGUUUAUCUCGUUUCCAAAAUGAACACGAUUUUGAACAAGCAGAGCUGCUCUCUUACCUCUCGAUUUAUAGAAGGAGAGUCUUCUACUGAUUCGACUCUUUUCUAUGCCAAAGAAGCUUGCGAAUUGAAGCAAUAUACUUCUGCUGAAAAAUAUUUCAUGGAGCGCCUUUGCCUCCAAGAAGACAAUCCGGAUGUGUGGUUUGACUAUGCACUUUUUCAAAUAGAGCUAGACAGUCCUGAAUUGGCAUUUGAAUAUUUGAAAGAGGCGCUGUCGAAGAAACUUGAUCACACAAAUAGCUUAGUUCUCUAUGGCAUUCUUCUAACUGAGAAGGGAAAGAUGUCUGAUGCUGAAACUUGUUUUAUGACCGUCCUUGUACAUCGUCCUAGAUGGGUUGAAGGAUGGGGUAUUCUAUUCUUGUUCUACCAAAAGAACAACAAUGCCGGUGGAAUGGCAUUCGCCGAAGAUAUGGCUAAGCAAUAUUUAAAUGAUCAAAGAACAGACCAAGAUUAUUUCAUGAAGAACGAGGAUUUGAUUUGGACAUCAGACAUUCUUCCCCAAACUGUAUUCUUCAAGACUGCCGUUGUACUUUUGAAGCUCCGAAUGUAUUAUUGGGUUGAAGAUGCCUUGGCAUUUGAGAUAGCUGCACACCCUGGAAAAGUUAAUUACUUAUUAGCUGUGAUAUGCUUCUUUCAAGAGAACUAUGACCACGCUUUGGAUCAUCUUAAAGAAGCUAAACUCAUUGAAGGAUGGAAUUAUGCCAUUGUAUCUCUUACUGGUCACUGCUUUGUUUGGAAGCAUAAAUACGAAGCUGCUCGUGAGGAGUUCUUCUAUGUUUUAGACAGUUUUGAUAGACCAGACGAUAUGCAUAUUUUGUACAUACAUACUGCCAAAGUACUGAGCAUAUUGGGAAAAGAACAGGAGGCAAGACAGAUCAUGCUAUUAGCAUGUAAGAGACAUCCAACGCCGUACACAUGGACUAUUGCAGGAACAUUUUAUUACAACGAAAAUGAUCUUCUCAGUGCAGAAGAGUGUUUUACAGAAGCCAAUAUCUGCAACAAUCGCAUCCCACAAGUUUGGGCAUUCCUUACUUUGAUCAAUUUGAAGCUUGACAGAGAAACUGAAGCUGAACUCUGUUAUCAACAAGCAAUGAAGAAUGAAUUGAAUGAUGCCAAACUUAUAGCUGCGAUAAGUCAAGAAAUGGCAAAUUUCCAUAAACGAAACUAUGACGGUCAAGCUCACUUCAACAUAGUUCAAGAAAUUGGUUGAUUUUGUUAAAAAUACUAUUAUUCAGAAUAAAUUUAUUCAUGUAAAUUAUCCAUUUAUAAUAUAUUUUAAGAAUCGUGACAUAAAAAUCCAACAAGAAUAAUUUAAACAUCUCACUAUAUAAAAAUGUAUACAUAUAUAAUAAUUUAUAUUAAAGCCAUAAUCAAAAAUAAAAUCAUAAUAAUA